CCUUCCAUAUGAAUCAGGCGAUUUAUUGGAAAGUGCAGAACUUGGGUCUGGCUACGGCUUACGACGAGGACGUGGGAACACACAGAUUCAUCAAAAAGCUUAUGGGCUUGCAGUUCCUCGACUCAGCCCAUAUCGAGCCAGCAUUUAUGAAGGUCAAACAACAAGCAGUGACACAGAAUCUGAUCGCCCUCUGUGAAUAUUUUGAGUCGACAUGGAUUCGAAGCUCUGUGUGGACCAUCACAAAUUGGAGCGUGUUUGGGACGGCCAUCCGGACGGACAAUGACCUGGAAAGCUGGCACAGGCGCUUAAAUCAACUCUCCGGGCGACGUUGCCUACCUUUUUACAGGCUGCUUCCCCUCCUCUUCCGAGAGGCUGACCUGCUUCCCCUGCAGAUUCGCCUUGUGACAGACGGUCAGCUGGACAGAAGGCAGCAUGCUGGCCAGCGUGCCAAGGCGGAUAAUUUUUUUAGAUUAUGGGACGAUUUCCAGGCAACAACUAUUAUCGUGUCCCAGCUGCUGAGGGAGGUGUCGAAACUAAAUGGGCCAAUGGUCACUGAGUGACUGUGUUACUACUGUGAUAUGUGCUGUUUUGAACAUUGUUGUUAAAUAUAUUACAUUAUCACUCUUCCAUAACAAUGUUGUCUGUCUUUUUACAUUUUACGACGCUUCAUCUUUAUUACACAUACAGUCACAUAGUAACAAUAUUUUCGUAUCACUGAAAAUAAAAAAUACAACACAAACCCGAUAUAUAAAAAUACAUUUAAAACAAGUGUAGACAAGAGACGGGAAAAUAUUCGUUGACUCUUCAUUCAGCUGUCCUUAGUUUCGUAUCACUGAAAACAAAGCAUACGGGAAAAUAUUCAUUCAUAAUUUCCUUGAGCUGCCCUUGAGCUGCCCUUAGUUUCGUAUCACUGAAAAAAAAGCAUAACAACUUCGUUAUAAACAUUCUCAGUAACAUCUAAGUACAAUUCAAACUAUAUAUUCCAUUAUUUAUACACGUCUACGAAUUCACCGUCUACGAACCGGUUUUGGUUACGAAUUCACCGCGU